AUGACUUCUCUUCUCCUGCAAUCACCAACCUCCGCAGACCCCCAAACAGCACUCCGACUCUCCCAACAAGCCCCCAGCUUCUACAAAUCACAAGCAGCAUGGUCCCUCCCCUACCCUCUCAGCCUCCUCAUCAACAACGACUCCCAAGAGAAAUGGCAAGCAUACGAAAACAUCCUCCUCACCUGCAUCCGCACCGGCGACGACGAAUCCGCAUACCUCUACCUCGAAGAACUCACAGAUCGCUUCGGCCAGGCCAACGAGCGAGUCACGGCGCUCCGAGGCCUCUACGUCGAAGCGACCGCCAAGACAGACGACGAACUACGAGCCGUGAUGACGCACUACGAAUCCAUUCUCAAAGAGGACCCCACCGUGUUUUCGAUCCGGAAACGUCGCGCUGCGCUGCUGCGUUCCAUGAAUAAGAUUCCGGAUGCCAUCACUGCGCUCACGAAUCUGUUGGACACUUCGCCGACGGAUGCGGAAGCUUGGUCGGAAUUGGCGGAUAUCUACAUGACGCAGGGACUCUACGAGCAGGCGGUGUUUUGUCUGGAAGAGGUACUCUUAAUCACACCCAAUGCGUGGACCAUGCAUGCGAAACUGGGCGAGGUGUUGUAUUUGCAGGCGAAAGCAGGAGAAGCGGGGCCUGAGCAAUUGAAAGGUCUCUCGGAGACGAUGAGGAGGUUUUGUAGGAGUCUGGAACUUUGCGAUGAUUAUUUGAGGGGGUAUUAUGGCUUGAAACUGGUAUGGCUAGGAAUCAUGCGCUUGCUACAGAAAGUGAGGAUUGCUAAUUACCGUCUUGAUAGACCACGAAUCGUUUACUUGAUGCGCUUUCGAGCACCAAGAAAUCGCAACAAGUCUCUUCGGACCCCGCAACGGGCGACCUCGCUCCACCCUCAAUCGAAUCGGUCACCAAGCUGAAUGAGCUCGCAACUGCAAAGCUGGCAGAAAUCGUACGGAGAAGCGCAUCGGGAGAGAAAGGCUGGGACGGCUACAGUCCCUCAGAACUCAUCGCGGCCCGUGAAUUACUCGAUCGAGACACCCAAAAGAUUCAAAGAUGA